AUGGCCAUCUCCGAGAUGAAGAUGAGAAAGAAUGAGUUGGAAGACAUAACAAACACCAGCAAGAGCAAACUAAGCUUUGUUAAGCUUGAAAAGAAGGAAAAGCCUAAAGCCGUGACUUUUGAAAACUACUUGCUCACCCCUAAAGACGAGGACUACUACGAUGAUGACGAGGAGGAUCUUGUUCCCCAACAUGAGGAACCAAAGCUUGAACAAGCUAUGACGCCCGUGGAAGAACCUGAAGUUAAUGAAAGUCAAGACCUCGAUAGGAACCCCGAUUACAUAGCAUUGACGUCGUCUUUGCGGUUACUCAAAUCAAACAAAGACAAGAUAUCCAACGAAAUCGUCGAGUUGUCACAGCUCCUGGAAUUUUUCAAGCAAUGCCAGGAUGAGAAAGAGAUUAUGAAGUUCUUGAACAAGCUUCUCACCAACAAAUUGAACUUACCAAAGCAAAACAAGAUCUUGAAGUGCCCCAUGAUCAAGAUCUCCAAAUACGAACCCCAGCCUUUGAAGUUGAACCUUAAUGAGAAGCCGUUGUUUAAGACGUUGAAUUUGUUCAACAACAGUUGA